AGAGGGGCGGGCUGUGUUGCUCCGGCUGAUGUGGAUGAGGCUCAUAUGAGGUGUGUCGACUUCUCGCCACUGUCAGUCUGCGAGCCCCUGUCCUGGCGGGCUGACAGAGGAACCAUGGAAGAGGAGGAGGCGGGGGACACCUACCGGGAGACGAGGCAUUUUCCUCUCCUGUGGCCUCUCCCCAGGCUCCGCUCUCAAAGUGACGCAUCUGGAUUUCGCUCAAGAGUGCUGUUCAGGCUCCGGGGAGCCCGGUCAGUUGAUGGGUUGGAGAAAUCAUCAUCGUUGGCCAGCUGUGACGUGGUGGUGGACAGCGCCACCAGUACCCAGAAUGCCCCUGCGUCACGGCAGCAGCGAGGCAAGCUGUCAUCACUAGGAAAACUGUUCAAACCGUGGAAGUGGAGGAAGAAGAAGACCAGUGACAAGUUCCAGGAUCUUUCCAAAGUUCUAGAGAGAAAAAUCUCCACCAGACAAACGAGGGAGGAGCUCAUCAGGAAAGGAGUUCUCAUCCCUGACCAAGAUGAACCAAUCAGCAGUGAAAAUCUCAACGGCCAUGCCACAUCAAGUGUGACAUCAGAGGAGGUCAAAGUUGACAUCGAGUCUCCAGAGACCCCGUUGGAGGAACAGGCCACUGGCCCUGUCAGCACUGAGGACAAAACAGAGAGGUCUGAUACUAAACCCAUUGCCCGGGCAAACCAGGUCCGACCUCGAGACACUCAAGCUAAAAAACAGCAAGGUGUCACUCUGCCUGCCUCUUCCAAAUCUGCGGGUGGCACUGCGGCCACAACCAGGCACAGAGAGGGUACCUUGGGGACUAAAAAGACAACUAAAACCACAGGCAAGGCAGGUGCAUCCACUCAGGCUAAAGCUAACCCACGGAGCACUAACAACACUAGUCGCGGGACUGCCAAAUCCUCACAUCCAAAGAAGACAGGAGGCACAUCAAAAACUAACCCCGCCUCCACUUCCACCCCUCGCUCUCGUGCAUCUAAAGACGCAGCUGCUGCACUGCAGACCAAUGGGACAGAUGCAAAGACCAACCGGAAAUCAGACACUCCCAUCUCUUCCUCUGUACCUCAAAAGGCCUCUGCAGAGACUGCUAGCCAUCCUGGGGAGUUAAAACCCUCGACCCUUUCCUCAGACACCAAGCCUGCCUCAUCUAAAGCCUCAGGCAAUGAGACAGAGGGAGCUCAGGCUGCUUCUCAAUCUGCCCCCAAUGCCUCUACUGUGGGUGAGGAGACUCACAAAGGUGCAGCUCCUGAAGCCACAAUCCAGUCUCCCCACAUCAACGCUGCUACGCAGGACACUUCCUUCACGGAGGGAGAGACAAACAGUAGCUCACAGGGGGAGAAAAGGAAAAUGGAAGAGGAGGGAGGAGAGGAAGAAAAGAAGAAAGGGGAAACAGUUUCUGCUGCAGAGAACAGCCCAAGGCCAGCAGCAGGCCAAGCUGAAAAGCCACAGGGCCUAACUGUGAAAACAGAUCAGGCCGAAGUGACGGUGAUCCCUGAUAGGCCAAGAGACAGCCAAACCAGUGACUCAGACUCUGACGGCCCAAUCCUGUACCGGGAUGAGGAGGAAGAAGAGGAGGAGGAAGACGAGUACACAAAUAGCUCUCUGGCCAGCAAGAUCCGCCGAAGAGACACCCUGAACAUCAAACUCGGGAACCGACCCAGCAAGAAAGAGCUGGAGGAGAAAAACAUUCUGCCACGGAGCUCUGAGACAGAGAGACACGAGCUACGCCAGCAGAUAGGCUGCAAACUAGUCAGGCGCCUGAGCCAAAGACCUACCACAGAGGAGCUGGAGCAGAGAAACAUCCUCAAGCAAAAGAAUGAAGCAGAGGAGCAAGAAGCCAAGCAAGAGAUUAAAAGGAGACUCUCCAGAAAGUUGAGUGUUAGGCCUACAGUGGCAGAGCUUGUUGCACGCAGGAUCCUGCGUUUCAAUGAGUAUGUGGAGGUGACGGACGCCAAGGAUUAUGACCGGCGGGCAGACAAACCCUGGACACGGCUGACUCCUGCUGACAAGGCUGCUAUCCGUAAGGAGCUGAAUGAGUUUAAGAGCCGAGAGAUGGAGGUUCAUGAAGAAAGCAAACAGUUCACCAGAUUCCAUCGGCCCUAAGCGCUCUCACUGCCAGCGGGACGUCAGUACCACAAGCUCUCUGGUCCACAGCUCCCAGCAGUCUCCCAGCCCUCCAGACCCUCAGUACACAGCUCAGUUCACUUUGCUUUGGGAUCCUCCUUCCCCCUGACGUGUUCAUGUCUAUAGUGACAGCUACAGGUGUGUCUUAAUGCCUUGGCUAUCCAUGGGCUCCAGUGAAACAUAUAUCACAUAUCUAUAGUCUGAACAGUGGUGUGUGUAGUGCUCUGAUUAGAGCCAUUUAUUUACUGUAGAUGGCCAGAGCCUGCUGGUAUAUGAUGUUUUUUUGGGGGGGUUUGGUUCACUUUAGGCCUUGUAAUGAGAGGCUCCAGGGAGGAAAUGUGUUAAAUUACCCUCAUAGUAAUGAAUGUGGCUUUAGUGUACCAUAGAGUUUGUGUACAUGCCAUGGUAUGCCUUGUUGUAAACUGCCAAAUGGCCAUAUUUGGGCAUCCUCCUAGAACAGGAAAUAGGAGUGAUUGGAUGGUUGUGUGCUGAUGUCAGUGCCUAUGUCAUAGAUCAGAGGGGAGGAGAGGCAGUUUGUUCUGCUCUGAUGUGCCUCAUGGAGUUGAAUCUGAAAUACUGCAGUUCAUUUUUAGAUAUAUUUAAAGUAUAUUGCCACCAGAGGGCAUUAUAUCAUAAGAGUUAUAACCUGCAAGGAUGAAGAUGUGUAUGUAGAUGAAGAAUAUACUGCAAGGGUUAUAUUUACAAUUUCUGAAGCCAAGGGAACAGCGGGUACCUGAGGCUUUAAUAGUGAAGUGCAAUGGAAAUCACUCCAGUUCUCGCCACUUAUUAAUCCCUCAGCACUCUUCAUGAUGAUACAUGAUGAUUACGUACCAUCAUAUAUCCUGUGUUGAGUUAUUAAGUGCAGAUGUGUGUUCACAAAGUGCAGGACUUGCUGUUGAGAAGGAUCUAUUUUUUAUAGUUCAGUUUUUCUUAUUAGGCUUUUGGCUGGAGCUCUUACUCAGAGUCACUCAGUGCCAAAGAAGAAUUUGAGUGCACACCGGUCUUCUUAUUUGAAAGUUUACUAGUUUGAUUUUGUUGGGUGGAUUCGUUUAAAAGUUUUAUGAAUAUAGAGCAGGCACAGAGAGUUUCACCACUGAAGCAAUCAGCUGGCCUCUCAAAGAAGUGGAGUACUUUAUUUUCUGUUUCCUUGAACAUGCUUUUGCAAUUCAAUCUGUCAGCUGGUGAUAGUCAUGUAAGGAUGCACUUCCUGACAAGUGGCCCUUUUACACCUUUCCCUUACAUGUACCUUCAAUCCAGUUUUCAUCAACACACAACUAGAUUUCUCUUUUUACCCCCAAACUGUAGAAGUUUACCAUGAACAUGAAAAUGUAAAGGAACUCUUCAAUGUUUUAAGGAAAUCUGAAAUGAAAGCAGAAACAAUUAGUGAAUUCAUUGAUCAGGAAAUGAUCGUAAAUUAACCUACAACAAUAUCUCAAAUUGAUUGACUAUUGGUCAGCUAAAACAAGCAAUUUGAAUUGAAAUUGAACAUUGACAUUAAUUUUCUAACAUUUUAUGAAUAAAACAAAGAAAAAUAAUCGUGAUAUUCAUUCACAAUCUAAACAAUCACUUGUUGCCACUCUGAAGUGUUAAAUAAGAGGAUCAAAAACACUCUCAUGUCUGUGUGCAAAAUAUGAAGCCACAGUCAGCAGGUGAUUAGCUUAGCUUAGUCCUUAUGCUAAGCUAUGCAUGAUUAUGAGUAUUUCUCAAAAUGUCAAACUAUUCCUUUAAUAUCACACAUAAGGACAAACUAAAUUACUGGAAUGUGUUAGGUUGUAAUGAUCUACGUGGGCCCAAGGGAGGUUGUAAAGCAGCAUGAAGUAUUUCAUUUUAUGUUCUCCUGCUCUUAUUGAUUAAAUUUUGUAUUUUGUGGUGGUUGGGUCACUGUUCUUCUUUGGUUCAUAGAUUUUCUGCCUUUAAGAGCUUUGUCAAGAUAAAAUCUAAAAACUCAAGAUGCAUGUUGAUGCAAAAUGUAGAGGGGAUAAUGAUUUGUCUUUGGCAGGAUAUGUUUGUUAGGCUGAUCUAUCAGAAAAGGAAACCUCAGAAAAAUCAGAGAUAAAAGAACAGACACACAGACAGAGAGCCUGAACGUAUAUCAUAACCUAUAGCUGUCAAACAUAUUUAAGGAUUAAUAUAAAAAGCUUGUAAAGAAAAACAAAAAACAAAACAUGAUGGCUUACUCAUUGCCAUGGACUUUCAUACAAAAAUGAAAUAAAAACAUUAGUCAUUUUUCAUUCCCAUCAUAUUCGGGCUAGACAGAAGAUGUUUGCUGAUGAAUGAUUGACAGAUUGAGCUUGCUGACGUCCAAAGGCUUGUGUUCAAAUGAUAGACCUCCAGCCUCCACAGCACUCAUCGUUCUUACAAAUGGUAACUGAAAAGGACAAAUUCGUCAUUUCUGCUUCUGAAUGUGCGGAAGUCGUAACAUGGAAUGAUGUACAGUGAUGGAAAAGAACCAACAGUAUUCACUCAUGUCAAUGUCUAUGUUGUUAUAUAUAUAUUGAUUAUUUUGUACAGAAUGUAUAUUGAGCAUGUGCAUACAUUGAAAUCAACUUUACUACCAAUAUGAUACAAUGCAACUUUGAUGUGAAUGUUUUAAGCUCUGAUUUUAGUUGUCUUAUCAUUUUUUUUAUGUCAUCCCCAGACAUUGAUAAUGAAAUGAGCGGGACAGCUCACACACAGGUGCUGUUUCCAGUCAGCUUAUCAUGCAUAGUAUGAUGAAUAACUGUAAUGUCCCAAAAGCUACCCGUUUCCUAAGCAAAAUAUAGAAAGGACAUUAUAAAGGCAGUGAUAUAUCAGAUUAUUUUGUAUUCUGUUCCACUCACUUUAAAUUUUGGUGAAGUCAGCAGGUGCAAUGUAGCUAUUUCAUGGAGAGUGAGUCGGUUUAAAAGCAAUUUAUAAUCCUUCUUGGACCUCACUUUUGAUUUAUUUCUUCAGAUUACUACAGUUUACACUGCACAAACUAGAAAAACAAACAACCUGACAUUUUGACAUGACCACAAUAACUGUUAAAACUACAUUGGUUCAAGUACAGUGUGUAAUUUUACUAAGUAAGAAAACAUGAGUCUGAUUAGUUACAUGGAGUGUGAAAUUACCUUCUGUAAAAGUAAACAUGGUGCAUACCAACAGAUAUUAAAAUAAAAGAAAAUUUCUUAUUUCAGAUAAACAAAUUAGAAGUCUUACCUGGUUAUACAGCUUUGAUCCUGUCACAGCUAAGUAAACAUGAAUGUGCUGCUUCCAUCUCUUUAAAAAAGACAAUAAGUUAAACCAAUAAACCAAAACUUGUAACACUUUAUUUUAACCCAACCUGUUUAGCACUUAUAAGCAGUAUAGGGUCAAAGAAUAAAUGAAUAAAAGUUAUGUAAUUGUAAACAGAUAUAAAGACAUUUUUAAGAGUUUAUUAAUAUAUUUGUUAACAACUUUAACUCCUUAUAUUUGACUGUGACUACAUUGUAGUGAGUCUGAAUAAAGUGUUUAUAUACUGCUUAUAAUUGCUGAGUCGAGACGUUUAAAUAAAGUGUUACCUAAUUAUAAGAAGCCUUAGGAAUCUUGUUUGUAUAAAGCAAGGGCUUAAUGUUAUCUCUUUUAAAACAUAGGUGACUUUAUAAAACUGAAACUACUGCCUGAAUUAUUACCACAUCUACAAGUUUGUUUUUCCCUCAGUGCUGAUGCAGAAUUGCAUAUUUUAGUCCAGCAUCUAAACUAAGCAGCUGAUGACAGUUGUUUUUGAGUCAUAACCUGUCAGUAUUAAUAACCAGGAGCAAGUCCUUUAUAAUCCUUUAUGGCUGCAGUCUGGUUUCAUCUCACCUUGUAUGGAACUGCAAAACAAAGACAAUAAACCCUCUGAGAGCAAGACCCAAAGAGGCUUUAGUAACACACUCCACAUUUCUUUGCACUGUUUAUGACACAGACUGUGGGAAAUCAUAGAGUUCCUGCUUUUCUUUUCAAAAAGUAUUUCUCUAAAUUUCCUGCCAGACUACUACUAUUAAUUUGCAAUUCUGGAGACUUCCACCAGUUCAUGAAAAUGUUUACAUCUGUGAAUGUCUGCUGUAGUGAUGGUGCUUGAGGUGUCCUCCUUCACUUCCCCAAAUCAGAUUCCCAAUUUCAAACAGGAGCCUUAACCAGACUGCUGCUGCUGCUGCUGGUUUUUCAAAAGCCUUUUUUCUUAAUCUUUUCUUGAUCGUGUGAAAUACACAGUGAGGUAACACAAAUUGUUUCACAGCUUCACAUAAAAGGCAUAAAAUCCCUGGACUGGAUAUUCCACAUGGAUUCCAAACACCUUUACUGUAUGUUUGACAUAAGAUUGACCUUUGAACUCAUAGGAUGAUGUCAUAUAUCCCAAAAACUGCUUCUGUUAUGUGCAAACUAUAACUGUGUAUAUUGUUUUUGUAUAUAAAGAAUCAUGGAAAAAACA